AGUGAUAAGCCCAGGAAUUUAAUCUGCAACGGUGAAUUGGAGAUCAUCAAAAUCACUGAUGAGCUAUAUGAUGACGCUGUGAAGUAAACUAAUGAACUACGGACAAUAUAAGAUAAGGAUAUUAAACUAACCGAAAGUGGGCGGAAGGAAGAACACAAAUAAAAGUGUGGAGAGGAGGCUACAAAAUUUAUGUAUGUACACUGAUUACGCUCAUCAACAGACCAAUCGCUAUCUAAUAUAAAAAAUCACCGGUUAUUUGAUAGUACUUACAUAUAUACAUUUAAAAAAAAAAAUACAACAAUUGGUUGCUUGCCGCAAACACUUGUUCUGGUGUAAAGUGCACGUGUGCGACACGUGGCUGGGAAAUCAAAAGUCAAAUAACGAAAGCGGACACGACGCGUGCGCGCACUUAGAAGAGCAAAGUUUUUGUUAAGAAAAUGCGCAAACUAUUAAAUGCCAAUUAUUCAAUUAAAUAACAGUGUUUACAAUCAAUUGGUAGUGUCAACAAGUUGUAGUAGCAACAACAAUAACAGCAAUUACAAUAAUCCGCUGAGAAAUAUCACAGCCAAAAUGUUCUCACUCGACAACUUUGAUUUGGAGGCGACAAUGGCGCGUCACUUCUACGAAGGCUCCCAAGCGACGAAUGGCUCCAGCUCAAGUUCGGAAUUUUUCUUCGGUGACGAUGAUAAUAGCUCGGAGAGCGAUGAAGAUGAUGCGUACAGUAGUGGUUUCAAUAGUGAUCAGGAGAAUAAUGAAAAGAGCCGCUUGCACAAGCCACGUCGCUUGAAAUGCGCCUCACAAAUGGCUCAACAACGUCAGGCGGCCAAUUUGCGCGAACGACGUCGUAUGCAGAGCAUCAACGAGGCCUUCGAGGGUUUACGCUCGCACAUUCCUACUUUGCCGUAUGAGAAACGUUUGAGUAAAGUCGAUACACUAAAGUUGGCCAUAAGUUACAUAACUUUUCUCAGUGAAAUGGUGAAAAAGGAUAAAAACGGCAAUGAACCGGGUCUGAGUAUACAACGAAAUUAUCAAAAGGAGCAACCAAAGAAGAUUAUUCUUAAGGGUAAAAGCGGCGGCGUUGCGCACUCACUCUCCUGGUACCGCAAGGGCGAUCGCUAUCCCGGCUGUAAGCUUUACGCACGCACUUGGACACCCGAAGAUCCACGAGCGCUUACACACAGUCCACACCAACUACAACACAACCACAAUGGUGUACAUCAUUCACUGGGACAAAUGCCUUUGCAGCAGCAACAGCAACAACAACAACAGCAACAACUCAUAACAACAAACCAACAAUUUCACAAUCAUAACCAAAAUAGCAAUCACAGCGACGAGUCGACAAGUGGCUAUAGCAAUUUAGGCGAAGGCAGCAGCACUGGCGGUGGUAGCUGCAACUCAGCGGAAGGAUAUUGCGGUGGUGAUAGAACAACAACACUAUCAAAUCGAAAUAACAAUGGCAAUGUCAAUGGUGUGCAGCAAAAUGACAUUUAAGCGAAAUAAAUAAUUAAAUGAUUUGCAAUUAAUUUAUUAUCUCAGAAAAAAGUAUAAAACGAAAAAGCUGAUGAACUGAUGAACGGAAAACGAUGCUAGUCAAAAGUGUGUUAGUAGUAGUAAAUAAAUAUGUUUAUAAUACCGAACAAUCGUUUACUUAAAAGCUCAUCUUCAACAACAACAACAAAGGAACGCACCAAGUCUCACUUGUGGACUAAGCUUUAGAUCUCGCAAAGCAAUUAACUUCACUUAUCAAAUUGAAAUGUCUCAAAGUCAUAUUGUUAAGCUAUAUAAAAUCUACUUAUUUAUUAGAAAACAAAAACAAAAAACAAAAAACGAAAAACAAUUCUU